AUGUUCUUAACUCCUGCCUCACAGCCCCCUCCUGCCUCCACCUCGGGCCCUCCGCAGGGGCAACACCGUGCUCCCACACCGCCACCCCCGCCCAAAGCACAGCGCAAACACCGACGACGCAGCUGUCAGUCCUCGCUACGUCCGCAGGCUCCACCCCCAGGGUCAGUGCUCGUCACCAAGGACGCGCUGGAGGGCAUGCUCACAAGCUUUGCCUUGGCCCUCACAACUCUACUACAGAUGACGCCGGACAAGGCAGCGAUAGCGGUAAUUGCGAGGGCGACCAUGGCGGAGCACUUUCCGACAACUGCAGCUCCAGCACCGACAGCGCCUCAGGAAAUCCGGAGCCCCGUCUCUCUUCCCGCCGAGCCCAUGCCGACCGUUCUCCCCCUCCCUCACCAGGAGGCUGUGAUGGACACAGACGCACCCGAGGCUCCCGCCACCCAGAGCUCACCACCGGGUCAGCCAGCAGUCACCUUCGCCAACGGCCACUCCCCAACACGGUCGCACGUCCCGGUCCGCACAGUCCCGCCGCGCUCCCGCAUCCCACAGCCCAAGCGGAAGGUGGAGCAGAGGCGCCGCGGCCCUGCGCCCACCCUCGCGACGGCCCCCGUGUCCACCCCGGCGGCGUCCGCGAGGGGCGGCCGCUGA